GCUGCUUGUGUAACUCGAGCUCCGGGUUCACAGCUGGACGCAGGCCCUCUAUUGUGCACUGUUUUUGUUUUUCGAUAUAAAAGAAACUAGGCAUGCUUUUACAAAUGACCAAAAGAUUAACCGUACAAGGACGACAUGACGCUUGAGUAUUAAGUGGCUGUUUUUGUUUCCCCCCCGAUAUUCUUAAUGACGCAGAUGAAUUGUUAGACUUUCAUGGAGAGUUUUUUUUUUUUUAUUUCCUUCAGUUCAGUUAUAAAUGCUAGCAGUAUUAGCCUGACUCGGAACUAGCCGGCUAACGGUAAACGGCAUCAAGGUGAACAAUAGCUCGGUUGUUCUGAAUUAUGAAUAGACGUUUGUAAGAGUUGACAUUCGGUACAUGUUUACAAGUCACAUCCCAAGUGGGCUAAACUACUGAGCCGAACUGUUAGCUCGUUUUAAUUUUAUUUAUUUUUUCCAUAAAACGUAUUUAUUAGCUAGCAAACCGGCUGUACAAAGGCGAGUAACAUUUCCUUGACCAUGAAUUAGCGAGCUGGCUAAUUACUGAGGGCAAGGAGUUCUGUUUCGGGGUGAACAAUGAGAAGUACAGAUGUGAGAUGGGUUACUGUUGUGGCGAGACCGAGUGCUGCACGUACUACUACGAGCUGUGGUGGUUUUGGCUGGUUUGGACUCUCAUCAUCAUGCUAAGUUGCUGCUGUGCAUACAGACACCGGCGGGUUAAGAUGCGUCUGCAGCAGGAACAGAGGCAGAGAGAGAUCAGUCUCAUGGCCUAUCAGGGAGCGUCCAAUUCUUUUAUCUCUCCACCACCCCUCAACCUGCGCUUCUGGACAGACUGCAAGCUCCCUGACUAUGAGGAAGUAGUAGGCCAUCCUCCCACACCUCCUCCACCUUACUCCGAGAAUCCUCCGGAAGCUUCUAACUGCGCUCAGCCGUCUGUCGGCUGUUCAGAGUCAGCUGUGGUGUUGGAGCCGGCGCAGGCGGAGGGAAACGCUCGCGAGUCGCAGGAACCGGACUUCGCAGCAGCCGUGGCCCAAUCAGAAUGCACAGAGCACGAAGAGCCGGACGUCCCCCUGGAGGAGGAGCUGAACACCAGACGGAGACACGUGACUGGCGACUCGGGCAUCGAGAUGUGCGUGUGCCAGCUGGACACAGAUGAGUGCUCCGGGAUGGAGGAGGACGAGGGCAGGAUGUGUCAGGGCCCCGGUGGGAGCUGCUGCUCAGAGAGACAGGCUCUCAGACCCAAAGAGAUCUCACAAACACCAACAUCCAAUGGAGAUCAUGUAGUGUGAGUCACGUAACGCGUAACGUUGCCUGCAGUUGAAGGGCAUACGGCUUUGUCAUGGUUAGCAUGGGGUUUUUUUCUUUCUUUCUUUUUCUUUUUUUUUUUUUAAAGCCAACCCGUAAGGUAACCUUGAAGUGCACAAGGCAGGGUGUUGGAAUGUUUUGCCAUUCAAAUAACAAGCGAAUAAAAAUAAGGACAUUGUUCUUACGUUAUCAUUAACAAUAACAAGUAGGUUUUUUUUUCUAGAAGGGAUUUUUAUAUGUAGUGGGUUGAAACAUUUCAUGCCAUGUUUGGAAAACAGCGUGAGAAGAAAGAAAGAGCUUUGAAGCUCCGUCACAUUUCAGUUAACCAAAUAUCUCACUUUUCUAUGUGCAACGGGACUCCCCCCACCACCACCAGCCCAGCUCUUUUCUUUUUUUUUUUUCCUCCCCUCUUCCCUUCUGUGUGACAUUUCAGUUCAGCCAUGGCGUCAUGGCCUGUCGGUCGCUGACUUUCCUUUGCACAGAGGCUGAAAGACACCAAAGCGCACCAGGACGAGUCUGACUGCACGCUUUGUUUUUCCACAAGGCUCUGCUAAAGAGAGUGCAGCUGUGGGGCUGACGUCAGCUGAGCUUCAUCCCUCAGGAACAGAGCCACACGCUGAAGAGCAGAGAACCGUAAGAACACCUUCGGCAGGAGAGUCACGAGAAAGAAUCCAUCGAACACAACGUGCUUUGCCUACGUCGCACGCCUCGUUCACGUUUAUUCCUGACCCGUGGAGAUGAUGCAGGGUUGAGUCGCAGUGAUUCCUUAUGAGCAUCGGGAUAGGCGAUAUAACAAAUGACUGACUUGAUACUAACCACACACCAGCAAAACAGCAGUGCCACAGUAUACUUAUUCAAAAUAAUUGAUGGAAAUAGAAAUGAUUUUUUACCCGAUUAAGGAACUGAGGGGCAAAAAAAUAAAAUCCAGGCUGCUUUCACACUAUGUUCUUCUCCUCGGUAACAUUUAAGAGAAUUCGACCUGCUUGUAUGUCCAAUUAGGAAUGUCACAUUGCACAGCAAAAAUAUCAAGCAAAAAAAAAAUUUUUUAGCUUUAAUGCUGGUUUAUAAUAUUGCCGAAUUUCUUUAAUAGGACAUAAAUCUCCUCUCGGACUCGUGUUUCACCAGCAUUACGUCCUCCAUACAUUGCAUUUUCUUUUUUGCCCAUUCACUUGUCACCUGAUUGGUGAGUAAGGGAAAAGAAAACCCGAAAAAUAACACAAAACAGCUAGAUAUCCCCCCCUGACAUUUUCCAACUUUUUUGAAGCUGUGACCGACUGAAAUACAAAACAUUGGCCUAGUGUGAAAGCAGCCUUCAAUUUAAAGAUUAGUUUUCUUUCCCUAACCCGGAAUCAUUUCCACCCAAGUUUGGGUCUGAAGCCAGCAAAUGUGAUGAAGAACUGCUGCUUCUGUUUAUUUAGGAGUGACACUGCCAGCUUCACCUUGGACCAUAUGCCUGUAAAGUUAACAUCUAUUUUAAAAAAAUAAUAAUAAUCCCUACAAAGAUAAAUCUCAAUCCAGUCCAUAAUACGUACCAAGGGGGGGUUUAAUAGCUUCUAAAAAGCAAGCUUUUUUUUGUAACGAGAAACCGCAUGCGUUGUGUUUUCCGAAACCAGACGUGGAAUGACGAAUUCUCCACCAUGAAACGUUCGACGUGAGCUCGGAUUUUUUGUAACUGCCACUUGAGAAAAGAAACCACAUCUUGAUACCACUUUUGUAAAGUGACUCUUUUGCUUUAAAGGAAAAACUCCAGCAUAUAUUUUUUUUUUUUUUUUUUUUUUUUUUUUUUUAGCAAAUCUGUGGUGUGUGUGUGAUUAAAACAAACAAGACGUAGAAAAAGCAAACAAAAACCUGUUUAUACCAAAACUGACUUCUUCUGGCAGUCUAAGGGCGGUUCAGAGUGUGUUCCGCCGAUGAAAAAGAGAGGAAGGACAUUUUUCGGAACGUUUCGAGCUUCAUAGAGUCACCUUAGAGUGAAAGAUUAAAAUGAGACAAAGAUAAGCUUUGCAUAAACGCCUCACCGGCUGCCUUUAGGCUUCUGUUAUAAGCGAGUUUUGUGUAAGCAGGGGUUCAGGACAGCAGAGGGUGCCAACUUUGCUGUAGCAUUUUACGGUUUUGGAUACCCCUAAACUGUUUUUGAGCUUUUUCAGAAAAUUGUUUAAAAAAUCCAUCAGGCAGAAAAGCCAAUAAAAAGCAGGAAAUCGAACAGACAGGAGACGUGAAAGAUGCAUGUAUCUCUGGUAGUAGUUUCUUGAUCCAUGAUUUCACGAGCCCCGGUCUUGUGAGCUAAUAGAAAACAAGGGCGGGGCUUGUGUCUCUUUAGGCCAUUAAAAAUGGAGAAGCUACUUCCAGUGAUGAGCCUCACAAUGUUUUCUGUUGCUUAGGCCACACUUUGAAACCUCCUCAUCCAUCAUUUUGUUUGUUCGAUUUCCUUUUUAGCACUGUUGGCACCGCUGAUGUUCAGCACGAGUUUCUCAGUACAGAACGGGUUGGAAAUCUUUUCAAAUCACACUGAUGUGUGAGAGAGAGAGUACAUGUGAAGUGUAAUGUUUCAGAGUGUGUUAGCAGGAAUCAGCUAAUGCUGCUCACAUCUGAAGGGCUUCAGUCAGAGUUAUAUGGCUGAUUGAUUGAUUGGUUUUUUUCUUUCUUUUCUUUUUGUAAUUGUGCCACAUGACUGCACCGGGUCCGAGUACACGCUUUCGGCUGUCUGUCUGCAAGAAAGGCCUCAUGUAUCCAUCUUUUCGUUUGUUUUACGAAGCCAAACCGAACUAAAAAAAAAUAACCCAGAGGUUUCGGCGACGCUGUUGUGUACGUUGAUUAAUAACCGAUAAAUUACCAAGCACGUUCAUGACACGCCCACAAAACUCCAUAAAAGGCAAAGCUCACAGGGAGCUGAAAGUAACCGGACAGUGAAAGAGCGUGAAUGACAGCGUGCACUAAUGUAGCUCAGCCACUGCAGCGAGUCGCCUACUGCCUACUUACCACUAAACUCAUUCAGUCUGAUAAAUGAGGCCCGCUGAUGUAGUGCGAACCACUCGAUAAUUCCCGGUCAAAUGGGGAUUUCUUUAGGCAGCCGUGUGUGUGCUUCUUGCACUUUAAAAGACACGCCGACGUCAACGAUCCUGUGGAAUUACAUGAAACACGCAUUAGCGCGUAUAACAGCGCUCGGCUCUCACGCCGUCCUCGCUUUCGAUCCACUGUUAGCAUCACCACUCGAGUGCACUGAUGAAAUAUUAUUAGCACUUGCUCUUAUCACUCAUUUUCUGAUAAACCGGUUAGUUUUUGGUGGCUUGUUUUCAUUUAAUCUCAUGAUUUUUGCGUAAUUUGUGUGUAAUCUGGGAAGAUGAUGAUGAUGAAGUCUGUUACCUUGGUGUGGAAUAGAUGCGAGAGAACGUUUUGACGCAACGCGAAGCUGCUAUGCUAGGCGACCGUAAUGCUAAUCUGAACAUUUUGAUCAUACGGCAGACGAAGCGGUGGUGCUUCCUCGUCGUGGUGAAGAAAAACCCCACAAGCGUCUUUAUUGAUCUUAAUCCACAUCUAGCAGUUAAUCCUUUGUUACUAUUAUUAUUAUUUUUUAUUUUUUUAGUAAGACUGCGCUCUGGAAUCAUUUCUAGAAAAUUCCACUUCAGGUGUAGAUAAUAGAAUAUAUCCCCCCCCCACAUCGUGGUUGUAGUUCAGGUGAUUUCAAACAGGAAGUGUGAAGGUGCGGUAUAUGUACUUUCGAUAGCGUAGAUAUUUUUCAAUUUUUCCACACUUCUGGAAUAUGGAGGCUAAUCUCUGCCAUGAAGAAUAGAAUAUAAUUGUCUUACAUUAUUAUUUCUCACAGCAGUGAUAGAAUUAUUCUCUCAGAUGUUGAAAAUGAACUUUUAAUGUGAUGGGUCGAUGCAAAAAAAAAAAAGUCAUUUUUUGGAGGGUUACCCUGUGUCGAAACUGUUUAUCUGGAUAAUCUAAUUCGCUAGGUUUGUAGCUAACUGGACUGACAUGUAACAUAUACACCAAUCAGGCAUAACAUUAUGAGCACUGAUGAUCUCCUCAUCAUGGCACCUGUUAGUGGGUGGGAUAUAUUAGGCAGCAAGUGAACAUUUUGUCCUCAAAGUUGAUGUGUUAGAAGCAGGAAAAUUGACAAGAGUAGGGAUUUGAGGGAGUUUGAUGAAGGGCCAAAUUUUGAUGGCUAGACCACUGGAUCAGAGCAUCUCCAAAACUGCAGCUCUUGUGGGGUGUUCCCGGUCUGCAGUGGUCAGUAUCUAUCAAAAGCGCUCCAACAGUGGUGAACCGGUGACAGGGUCAUGGGCGGCCAAGGCUCAUUGAUGCACGUUGGGGAGCGAAGGCUGGCCCGUGUGAUCCGAUCCAACAGAUGAGUUACUGUUGCUCAAAUUCCUGAAGAAGUUAAUGCUGGUUCUGAUAGAAAGGGGUCAGAAUACACAGUGCAUGACGGGUCAGGGCUGUUUUGGCAGCAAAAGGGGGACCAACGCAAUAUUAGGCAGGUGGUCAUAAUGUUAUGCCUGGUCGGUGUAUAGCUGCUCAAAUGAUGAUCAUUUGGUGAACCCAUAGGCAACUAUACAGCAAGUGGAUCAUCUGAUAGGAUCAAGUGAUCAAUCGGAGGUUAGAGGUUCUCUUAUUAACCGGUCACUAUUGUUUCGUUCAAAAUGAUCUGGAAGUUAGGAAAAUCCAGUUUUCACACACAAGUUAAAACGUUUGACACAACCUUUGAGAUUAGCCAUCUUUUCAGAAUAUUGAAUUAGUAUGUUGAACAUAUUGAGAGCAGUAAAAUUUUUUCGAGGAACGAUCUCAGACAUUUGUUGUGAAUCAGAAUUUAGAGAUGGGGGGAGCGUUUGAGAUAAGACAAAGUAUUGAACAUUUGAGAAAAUAAGUGGAAACCGGUUUGACGGAUUGCUACUGCAGAAAUCGAGAAAAAUAUUGCUGACGUUAUUUUCCUUUUCUUCUCUUCUACGUGGUGAAAUCGGGCUUCCAUAGCGGAUCGUUCGUGGUGGUUUGAAAAACGUUUGCUGAUGCAUGUGGUAGAUGCAAAGUUGCAUGUCUCCUGAGUAGCCGUGUGAUCCGAAUGAGAUCUGGUAGGGUUUUCUUUAAAUUAAAUUUUAAGGAAAGGAAGCAUUUAACCUUCCUCAUGUAAUCCGAGGCAGAUUUUGCCCGUACAGUAUGGCGCUAUGUUUUGUUUUUAUUUCUUAAAAAAAAAAAAAAGACAAACAAAAGGGCUAGUAAGAAAUUUAGUUUCUGUUAAGGUUAUGUGUCUAUUACGUACAGAAACGAUUGUAGAUUUUAAGGCCGCUGUUGUGGUCAGUUAAUUAGCCGCCAUGUUUUUGUGUAUAUAGAAAUGUAUGUACUUAGAGAUGUGCAAUGAUCUCUCUCUCUCUCUCUCUCUCUCUCUCUCUCUCUCUCUCUAUACCUGUGGGAAUAUGUGUGAAUCUAUCUGGAGACAUGUGUAAUGGGGAGAAUCGCGUGUGCAUCUCUCAGCAUUACCGUGGCGACAGGAACCGUGGCGACGGAUCUGCAAGUGUUUUGACCAAAGGUUUAGUUUCAGUGAGGUCUUGUGAUUAUUUUAUUUAUUUAUUUAAAAAAAAUAUAUAAUUCGUAAUUUUUCGUCACACUUUGUCAGAAUUGAAUUAACUGAAUUAAAAAAGAAUAAGUAAUGGCACCUUGGUGGACCGUUUAGGAAGGAAAAGCAAACGAAACAGGUCAGGGGGUUGUUUGUCAGUCCUUGUGGUUUAGAGGGAAAGCCUUGCAGCAUUUCAGGGAUGUUUGGGUUGUUUUCACGUUCAGAUCCCUAAUUUGUGUCUCUCUCUCUCUCUCUAUCUCUCUCUCUCUCUAUCUCUCUCUCAUGAAUUUAGCUGUAACUCCGUUUCAGUUUCCAUGACACAUCCAAUAAGGAUUACAUUCACCGUGCCUUGUUCUUCACAAUGAAGCUUUCCCAAGGAAAAAUUCCCACCUCUCUCUCUCUCUCUCUCUCUCUCUUUUUUUUGUUUGUGUGUCUUCACACCUCUGUACUGUAUCUAACUAUAGGCUAUGCACGCAAAGAAGACAAGUAAGUAGGCUCCGCAGUGGUUUGGUCAAUACAAGCAAUACUAAUCUCAGUCCACAUUGCACUGCAUCUCAGUACACGUCUACUUGGAGAUGAGAAAUAAUUUGCUACUACGGUCGUUUUGUACACGAACGCUUUUGUACAUUUAGUGUCUUUUUUUGUCAUUUAUAAAGGGGGGGGGGUCAUAAUAACAGCCGGUCUCUCUCGAACCCCCUCUGGUCCCGACUCGCUCGAUUCAUUAACGGCUGGAAGUCCGCGUCCUCGGUGUCUGCUUACUUCGUGAUUCAUUACCGCUACGUUUCACACGAUACACGGCUCCGUGUUGAUCUCUAAGCGCAUCCCAGGCGUUGGAACCGGUUUCUAAUUUUGUUGAUCCAGUGACUGAAAUCUGACCCCGCCGCCUCGCAGGACAGCGAGUAGCCGCGGCGAAACAGAGCCGUGUCCUUAUGUAAGCCUGUUUAGAAGGCUGUAUGACUGAAGGGUCUGUUUUUGUUUUUGUUUUUGUUUGUUCGUUCGUUUUUAAAGCCUGAUAACUCUCACAAGUCACACAUCCACUGACAAUUUUAGCUUCAUAAUCCAUGCUAUCAUUAAAACUCAGUUAAAAAUGUACACGUUUAAUUUUCUUUGUUACUUAGCAGAAGCAGUUGUCGAAGAGCACAGAACUGUUCCUUUUCUUUGUUGCUGUUACUUGUUACUUAGAUCAAGCCAAAAAAAGAAAAAACAAAACAAAAAGAGAGAGAGAACGGUGAAAUGGGAGGAAAAAUCUGAAAAUCACUGAAGCGUGUGGAAAAUUCUAACGCCAGGGGUUAGCAAGAAGUCGGCUGUGUACUCUUUGUAUUUUAUUUUUGUAAUAAAAUAAAUAUGGCACA